AUGAAUGGGCUUUGCGAGGGCGGAUUUCCAAAGACUCCAAUUCACGGCAGACGUCACUGGCUUUAUACGCUAGCCUAUCUCGAUCUCCACGAUGACGAAUGGUACACAUUCCUUGAGCCUCCUCUACGGAGAUAUGACGACCCAUUCACGAAGACCCAAGGCAGACCGGAGACACGCCUGACUUGGAUCUCAGUCAGCAGAAACAACGUCGAGCGCACCUUAGACGAGGCUUACUAUCCAGGGCUCUCUACCAGAGCCCUGAGGGUACGCAAUCAGGAUCAGGUGGUCUCGCACAGUAAAGACAACUUUGUCUGCUAUGAUAGGCGAGAGAGCGGUGUCGAAAAGACUGACGAGACAGCGUUCAUCCUUAUGGUACCACAGCUAUGGGUCUAUAAGCUUGGAAACAUCAUUGUAUCUGCCUACAGUAUGCAGCAAGAAGCUGCAACCUCGCUGGAGCCCUUCCGUGAUGGGGCUGAGAAAGAGGAUCCUGCAGCAUAUGCGGAGAUUCUCAUCGGCUUGACCAUCACCAGCUUGGUCAACAGAUUUGGCAAAGCCUAUCGUGAUCUUGGCGUGGACUAUCCGCCUACGCUCGAUCUUUUCGAAACGAGAGUUGUUAAGCUUCUGGAAGAAGUGAGACUGUACACCGAAAAGCCCGCUGGAGGGAUGUCGAGUUUCAGUGGACUUGAGUACCGUCGAGAGAGAUACUUCAUACAUGUCAUCUCCGACGUGCGCAGUGAGCUUGCCAUGAUACAGCACUUCCUCGAGCAACAGGAGCGGGUAUUGAAACUUUUUCUCGAAGACCGCCCGUACAACAGCGUAAACUUACAUCCACAAGAUUGGGCACCAGUCGAAAGGUCCCAAGAAACCAUCAUGCAGUACAUGAGAAGAGUAAGAAAGAUUGAUGGAGAUGCAGAGAGAAUAGAGAAGAGUAUACAGGACAUGCUCAACCUCAAGCGUACACACGCUAGUAUCAGGGACGCCCACAGCAGCCUCGUCGUCAGUACUGCUGUAAUUGGAUUCACCGUCAUCACAGUAGUCUUCACUCCACUCGCAUUCCUUACAGCACUCUUUGCUCUCAAAAUCGACGGCUUUGAGAGUCUUCAGGUUUUUGGUAGAGAUGGUGUUUAUCACAGUGGUAAAAUCGGCGGCAUCUUCGCCUGGGCUAAGGGUUCGAGCAGCAAGGGGCGCGCCAAAAUCCCAGACCCAGAAUCACCGAAGCGGGACGACCAGCCUGAGGCAAAAAUGAAGUCCUCGAAGAAGGCGUAG